UAAAACAAGAAUGGCCCAGUAAAAUAAAACAAAGCCCACACAUAUGGGGCAUCAAAGUGUAAUAUAAGGAAAUAUCGGGGGCGUAAAUGAAAAUUGAGAAGAUUCGGAGUACUUUCAUAAAACAGAUUGUACAGAACGGUGAAGAGGACUUCCCGAAAGCAUUGAUUAGUGUUUAAAAAGUCUGGGCCUGUUUAUGGAAAUGAUUCUUCAGAUGAAACUCACAAGGCAAGAACCCCGUUCCUCCGAAUCGUGUAUUUCACGUUUACCCGAUUCUGCAUGAUCACACACACUGAAACCAGCCGAGAAUCUCGAGGUGUAAUUUUUGGAGGGGAGGGAGUGAAGAAGAUGAGAUGGGGAAUAUGUUGUUUCGGUCUCGUAACCGUAGGGGUCGUGAUUCCAGCGCGGUUGUAAGUAGUGGCUCCCAUGUUGCAACGACUGGUGGUCCGCCGUCAAGACCAGUGUCAUCUUCAACUACUCACCACCUGCUCGACGUAUUGCCGCAGAGAAACCAGAAUCAUCACUCUUCUGCUUGUACUGCUGCUAGUAAUAGUGAAGCUAAGUAUAGUGCAGGUGGUGCAGGUGGCAUGGCUACCAGCAGCAGCCGGGAUGACAAAAAGAAGAAGUACGGUUACAUCCCUGAUAACUUCACGUCCAUCGACCAGGUCACAUUGGCCUUGAGAGAAUCUGGUCUCGAGUCGUCAAAUCUAAUUGUAGGAAUUGAUUUUACAAAAAGUAAUGAAUGGACAGGCAAAGUUUCAUUCAAUAACCGUAGCCUGCAUGCUGUUGGUGAUACACAUAAUCCAUACGAGAAAGCUAUAUCCAUUAUUGGGAAGACUUUGUCCCCAUUUGACGAAGACAAUCUGAUACCUUGUUUUGGGUUUGGCGAUGCAACUACACAUGAUAAUGAAGUAUUCAGUUUUCACAAUGAUCACUCUCCUUGCCAUGGCUUUGAAGAAGUUUUGGCUUGCUACAAAAGAAUAGCUCCAAAUUUACGAUUAUCUGGACCAACAUCGUAUGGACCAGUAGUGGAUGCUGCAGUAGAUAUAGUGGAGAAAAGUGGCGGACAAUACCAUGUAUUGGUAAUCAUAGCUGAUGGCCAGGUAACAAGAAGUGUGAAUACGAAGGAUGCAGAAUUCAGCCCGCAAGAAGAGAAAACAAUAAACUCUAUAGUCAAUGCGAGUCUGCAUCCUCUCUCAAUUGUUUUGGUUGGUGUUGGCGAUGGACCCUGGGAAGAUAUGCAAAAAUUCGAUGACAAAAUCCCUACUCGUGAAUUUGACAAUUUCCAGUUUGUUAAUUUCACGGCAAUCAUGUCCAAGAACACGUUGUCCUCUGCAAAAGAGACCGCCUUUGCUCUUGCAGCACUCAUGGAGAUUCCUGACCAAUAUAAAGCAGCUAGAGAAUUUGGUUUAUUAGGACGAGUGACUGGUAAAGCGAAGAAGAUAGUUCCUAGGCCUCCACCAGCACCAUACACUCGCCAAGCUGGACUUCCAUCACGAGAUCCCGUCACUGUUUCAGCUGCUGUGCAAGCUGACCAAAAUCAGGUCUGCCCAGUUUGCUUAACCAAUGGGAAAGACUUAGCCUUCGGUUGUGGACACAUGACUUGUAGAGACUGCAGCCCAAGAUUGUCAGAAUGUCCUAUUUGUCGACAACGUAUCACAAGUCGGCUCAGGCUAUAUACUUGACGACCGCCACGUCAGCAUGAGGUUUGACGAUACAAGUUUAAGGAAGUGGAUGUAAUUCCAUAUCGCCCCCACACUGGUCCAGCAUGAAAACAUAAUAUGCUCAUGCUCCUAGUUUUUGCUUUAGUCUUACUGUCAAUGUACAUCCUUUUAGGUGGCUGGUUCUUACAGAAGCAUAUGUACAGUGUUUUAUUCUUCUUGUUCAUAUCUUUUCUUGCUUGAGUGAUUAUCCAUUUUACCAUG